UCCAUCCGUCAAGUAUCUAAAAUGGCCGCCUCUACUACCGUGCCUACUGCCGAGCAAAUCGCCGUCCCCGAGACUUUGCUCAAGAAGAGGAGGACCAACGAGGCCACCCGUGAGGCCAAGUUGGCUGCCGCCGCUGAGGCCAGGAAGGCUCAGAAGGCCAAGAGAAAGGUCAUCUUCAAGAGGGCCGACGAGUACGUCAAGGAGUACCUCAACGCCGAGAAGGAGGAGGUCCGACUCAAGCGAGAAGCCAGGAAGACCGGUGACUACUACGUCCCCGCUCAGCCCAAGGUCUACUUCGUUGUCCGACUUAAGGGUAUCUCCAAGAUCGCCCCCAAGCCCAAGAAGAUCCUCCAGCUUCUCCGUCUCCUCCAGAUCAACAACGGUGUCUUCAUCCGUGUGACCAAGGCCACCACCCAGAUGCUCAACCUCGUCAACCCCUACAUCACCUACGGUGAGGUCAACCUCAAGGCCAUCCGUGAGCUCGUCUACAAGCGAGGUUACGCCAAGGUCGACGGUCAGCGAAUCCCCAUCACCGACAACGCCAUCAUCGAGAAGCAGCUCGGCAAGUUCGGUAUCAUCUGUCUUGAGGACAUUGUCCACGAGAUUGCCACUUGUGGCCCCAACUUCAAGCAGGUCACCUCCAACCUCUGGCCCUUCAAGCUCUCCAACCCCAACGGUGGCUGGAGGCCCAGAAAGUUCAUCGGUUACGUCGAGGGUGGUGACGCCGGUAACAGGGAGAAGGCCAUGUCCAAGCUCGUUCACCAGAUGGUUUAAGAGUUUUAGUAGUGGUAGAGGAUGUAGCUUUUUCCUAUUCUGCUUUUCUCGUCCAUUCGCACCAUUGUCGACAUGGCGAGUGUAGAGGGGAGAAGGCCGUAGAGGGCAGGUCGGGGGUCCAUGGUGGUGACGUUUCUCUUUCUCCUUGCAUGUAACCCAAAUCCAAAACAAACGGGUGGCAUGGAUACAUUCAGUCAGUCUACAAGUAACAACUUCCUUCUCUUAAUCAAGCAACGCAUGAUGCUCGUGGU